AACAUGCCUACCUCACUCAAUUUGACUCAGACCCUGGAAGAUGUCUUCAGAAGGAUUUUCGUUACAUACAUGGACAACUGGCGCAGGAACACGACAGAGCAGCAGGAGGCGCUCCAGGCCCAGGUGGACGCUGAGAACUUCUACUACGUCAUCCUGUACCUCAUGGUGAUGAUAGGAAUGUUCUCCUUCAUCGUCGUAGCCAUCCUGGUGAGCACGGUGAAGUCCAAGCGGAGAGAGCACUCCCAGGACCCCUACCACCAGUACAUCGUGGAAGACUGGCAGGAAAAGUACAGGAGUCAAAUUCUGCAUCUAGAGGAAUCAAAGGCCACCAUCCACGAGAACGUGGGUGCAGCGGGGUUCAGAACGUCUCCUAGAUGAGGAAGAAAGGGACCAAGCCAAGCCUGACAUCCAGGUGGUCCAGCCGCCACGCAGAUCCAGAUUGUUAUUGUGUAAAGAAAGGGAGUUCCUCUCUAUGCUGAGACGUCCAUGGAGAUGAUGUGGUGGUCAACUGAGAUGGAGGACACUUCAAUCUCGGUGAUUUAUGCCUGCUGGUGGGAGUGAUGCUCUGUGAGGAAGACCGCUUUCAUUUUCUAUGCAAUGUAAAUGUCAUCUAAAUCAAUGUCAAUAGUAGAAAUAAAGCCAAAUUGGAUGCAAAGGGCUCAGGCAGUGGCGGUGGGACUAGAAAGGACAGUUACAAAUCACUCGACCUUCGGUCUCAUGAAAUAUUAGUCUGGAUGUGAUAAAUUCAAUUGAUAAAUAACCUGGAUAUCUUAUUCAGAGGCUGAGGUUCAGAAUCUAUCACUUACUGAUGGGAUUGACAAAGCAACAUGUAUUUAUUUAUUUAUGAAUGCAGAGUCUGAAGUGAUCAAUAAGCAGAACCAGGAGGUGACCUUCCAUUUCUGGUUUCCCUGGUGUUUAACGUGUCAUAAGUCUGAAGACAACAAACCCUAUGAGGGCCAACGAACCAUACCAGAGAGUCAAAGACUCAGGAAAUGCCCUGUGCAACAGAAAUGCAUUUUUAAAUGAACACUCAACAUUUCGCAGAAAACAAACUUUUAAAAGUUCUCAUUACUUAAGAAAAAAAAUAACAAAAAGUUGACAUGGCUUUCUGAACCACCUUAUGUUCCCUUGAUUUUCUUUUCUUCUCUUUACAGUCACUUAUUUUCAUUUAUGUUUGAAGAGACUAAAGGUACAGGAAGAGGUCAAGUUGCCAAUGUCAUGUUCAACAUGCACAGCUGGACAGUGACUGCAUUGACGGCACACAAUUUCAGCUAGAUAGGUGAAAUAAGUUCGAGGACCUACUGUACAGCCUGGGGACAACAGUUAAUAACAAUGCAUUGUAUUCUGGAAAAAUACUGAGGGAAUUCUAAGUGUUUGUUCUCAGUACAAAAAUGAUAACUACAUGAGGUGAGAUAAUGUGCAUGCUAAUUACCUGGAUUUUGUCAUUCCACAAUGUACAUAUACUUUUAAACAUUGUACGAUACAUGACAUGUGUGUACAAUUUUCUCUCUCAAUUUAAAAGAAAAUAAAUCGUU